AUGAUUGAAAAAUCUAUUUGUAUUUUGUGGCUUUUUGCGGUCAAUUUCAAUUUUUCGCAACUUCACGAUUUUCAUUAUUCUCGGAAAAAUAUUCGAUUCGCCCCACAGUUUCAAAUCGCUCCACUAAGGUAAAUUCCAGAUUUUGAAAUAUGAAGAAUACAUCUACAGUAACUGUGGAUGGUCUACAGUAAUAGUGAAUAGUUUUUUUAAAAAGAAACUCACUUCAUUCGAAAUCCAACCAUUUUUGCGAAUUGAUACAAUUUGGAAUGAUUCAUUUUUGUUGGAUUUUUCACGCAAACGUGACAAAAAUUAUGUAAACGUUCCAAUUUAAUUUUUUGAGUAUUUUGUGGAUUAUCGAUCAGAGUACUGUAGAGCAGAGUUUCUCAACAUUCCUAAAGUUUCUAUUCUUUGUAGAUCAUCCGGUUCGACUUCGGACUUGGUCGCUCCUCUCGCAAAUCGUUUUAUUAUGCGUGGCAGAAGUGUUCCACCAACAACUUCUUCUGCUCCUCCACCUCCAAUUCGACCAUUUCAAGUUUUAGAACACGUUGAUCGAGUUCCUGAUAAUGGAGAAACUUGGCAUGAAGGAGUUUUGGAUUUGAAUAGUAAAUUGGCAGUGGUAAGAAUCGGGGUUACAAUGUGAAAUUGAAAAUCUGAAUAGAAUCCGUAGAUAAAAAAAUUAUAGAAAAAUUAUUAAAAUCCAUAUUUUUCCCAGAGACUUGCUUGGAAACCGUUUGAAGAAGAUAUCAAUGAGAGAAUUGAAAAUGAAUGGAUGUGGAUUCCACUGAAAGUGAGUUUCUGAAAUUUAAUUUGUUCCCCAAAACGUUCUGAAGAUCUUGUAAUGCCUGAAACUAAAUUAAAGAAAAAAAAUAUUUUCUGAACCCUAAUUUUUAAUUUUCAAGUUUGACAUCAAAAUUAAAAGUUAUUUUCCAGAUUCUGUCUGCCGAAGGUCAAGUAGUUUCUGGUGUUCUUUAUGAUAUGAAAAUCCUCGCUGGAACUUCAAAUUGCUCUCGAUAUGAUGUGAAUACUCACCUCAUUCAAGAAUCCAAUUGUGUUCAUUUCAAUGGUCCCGAAAGAGCAAUUUUUAAAAUUCUGAUUUCUGAAAAAUCUACUUUAUGGUCUCCAUUUAUCCCAGAUUCUUCGCGUAUUUUUUCAGUUUUGGAGAGAAAAGUCUCCGAUUUUGAGGAUUUUUGA